CUCUAAAGAAACCGCUCCAAACAAAAACAACUUGCAAUUUUUUGACAAAUUAAUCAAAUUUUUCAACAAAAAUUUAAGUAAAUUGUGAGUAAUGAUCUAAGAAGCGGUAACCAGACGAAGAAUGGCUCUUUUGCGCGCAGUUCUCGGCAAAAACCCACAAAUAUGCGGAAUCACAGUCAUUAAGCGCACCUUUGCGGAUGCUUUAGGGGCUGGACGACUCCCAUCCGCUCCGCCACUUGCCCCCGGAUGCCCACCUCCGGAUACGGAUCAACCGUGCAAAACGAAUCGCAUGAAGGGCUUAGUUUUGGGACUUUACACCAAUCCCGAUGAUCUUUACGAUCCUGGAAAACUCACACCUACAGGUGAAAGGUACAAUGCGAUGGUAUGCGGUAGGUUGUAUGAACUUUUGCAAUAUGCCGGAAAACCACCUGGCAAAGGGCAAGUGCGAGUUUACUUUAAUCUGGAUGAGGAGUUCAGUUCUGUUGUGGUUGUGGGAUUGGGACGGGAGUGCCAAGGAUAUGAUGUUUUUGAGCAAAUGGAUGAAGGAAAGGAAGCAAUCCGAAUAGCUUCAGCUCAGGGAGCAAAAGCCCUUCAGAAGUUGAACGCUUUGAAAGUCUAUGUGGAAAGUUUCGGUCAUGCCGAAUCAGCAGCCGAAGGUUCGGCUCUUGGCGUGUGGCUUUAUCAGGAGAAGAAAACGAAAAAGUACCAGAUUAUGAUUCCGCAGUUGGAACUGUAUGACGACUGCGAUUGGACCGGAUGGCAAAUUGGAUUGCAAAAAGCGGCCGCCCAGAACUUGGCCAGGCAACUGAUGGACACCCCAGCUAAUCUAAUGACACCCACAUCGUUUGCACAAAACGCUGUUGAGGUCCUGUGUAAAUCUGGUGUCAACGUCGAAGUAAAAGUUAGAGGAUGGGCCGAAACUCAAAAAAUGUACGCUUUCCUGGCGGUCGCUCAAGGCUCUUGCGAACCACCCAUCUUCUUGGAACUCAGCUACUAUGGAGCUUCUCGCGAUGAAAGACCAGUGGUGUUGGUUGGAAAAGGCAUCACUUACAACAGCGGAGGACUUUGUCUGAAGCCGUGCAAUAAACAGCGCUAUAUGCGUGGAGACAUGGGUGGGGCUGCUUGUGUAGUUGCAGCUUGUCGAGCAGUUGCAGGACUUCAGCUGCCCAUUAAUAUUCGAGCAUUGAUUCCUCUAUGUGAGAACAUGCCGGGCUGUGCUGCAAUGAGACCUGGCGACAUCGUGAAAGCAAUGAAUGGAAAAAGCAUCAAAGUGGAGUCGACCGACACAGCAGGCAGGCUCUGUCUAGCUGAUGCGCUGGUAUAUGCGCAGAACUUUUGGCCUAGAUUCAUUGUAGAUGUUGGGACAAUGACCAACGAUAUGAAACAUUCGUUGGGCGCUUCAGCUAGUGGGGUGUUUUCCAACUCCGAAGCUCUUUGGGAAUACAUGCUGGCAGCCUCAAUGCAUACAGGGGACCGAGUAUGGAGAUUUCCACUUUGGGAGCAUUUCACAAAGCUGGUUGCUCAGCAUCACAAUGUCGACGUGAAGACUUAUGGACGCGGCGGCAGACCCAGAUGCGGAGAAGCUUGUAAAGUAGCAGCUUUCUUGAACGAAUUUGUCCCCUGCGGCGACUGGCUUCACAUGGACACUUAUGGUGUGAUGCGAACCGAUGGAAAAGAUUAUCCGUACUUGCGGGAAGGAAUGUCCGGUCGUCCCACUAGGACAUUGGUAGAAUUUUUGUCCCAGCUAGUGUGUCACCGUGAAUGAGAUGAUCAACGUUCAUUCUUUGUCCAAAAUGUAAGCGACCUGUAGAACUUGUGCGAACGUUAUAGUGGUAUGAUUCCUGACAAAGAUUGUUUUAUUUUGUAUUUUUGUACUAAUAUUUCUUUUUACCUAUGAAUAUAAAUGAUGUUUCUAUUA